AUGGACAUAUUUCAGAUGCCUUGGUUCAAGUGGCUGAGUGCACUUGUCGUCGUCGUCGUUGGCGCGUCUAUUGGACUCGUUGGUUUGUUGCUUUCUGUCUUUUUUGGCACACGAGUUAGCAAGUGAAGUGUCCGUUUUGCGGCCAAGGUGACUAAACUUGGACAAUGCAAUUUCGGGGAGAAAGCAGCGAAAAAAAACUUUCCUUUUGAUUCUCAAGUUUAAUUCUUCCUUUUUUAUUUAUCAAAACCUAAGACGCAGUCGAUGCUCCAGACAAGCUAUUUCAUGAGUUUUUCUUAUUCUAGUUUAAGUUGUUUCUAAAGAACCGAAACCAUGGUUUUCCAUUUCAAGAAGCCCAGUUUCAGUAGUCAAUUAACAGUCCUAUUGUUUUAGUGGAGUUCUAUCCAUUCAUGAAAUUUUUUUUUAACUGGAAAAAAUUUGGUGCCACUUCCGGUGAACUCAAUCAAUAGUUUGAUAAUUUUUUUUUAGCUUUUUCUGUAAUUUCUUUUUUUUUGUUGAGAAUAGAAUACGGUCUUCUGAAGUUUGAAUGACUGCAUAGUUCAGAAAAAAAAAGUUGCUUCCCACUGACAUAAUCAAUUUUUUUUACGUAAAUUCUUCCUUUCUGUAUCGCUUUUGCUGAAUGAUGAAAUUUCUAAGCUAAUAAAGAUAACUCCAGACAUGUUUUAAGGAGGCGCGAAACUUCGUGAAUGUUGAUAUUUUUUGAAAAUCAAUUGAUUAACAAACUAAAAAUCCCCUCAGCCGUAUUUUGCGCUUUUUCGAAUUACAAAUGUAACUGUUUAUUUUAUUGCAUCUUCAAUGUAAGAAUACAUGUGCAAUCGACUUUCAUUGAGUUAACUGUGUUUAAAUGGAGGCAGGAGCUGUGGCUUAGGCAGAGAAUUUGUGAAUUUCGCUCGUAGAACAUCAGGUACAAGAGAGGUCGUAGGACGAAAUACGGUGCCGGCUUUCCAAAGGCCGAUGGCAAAGAUUGAGUCUUUUCGCUGCAUACAGCUUCCAAUUUCACCUACCCCGGAGGGAUGAAAGGCUUGGUCGACCUCGGGGGGACUCGAACCUACGAGCUCUCGGACUUUAGAAAUGAGUCUUUACCAGCUGAGCUAUGCCGCCCCCUUAAGUACAACCAUAAGUAAUCAAUAUAAAUGAAAAGGAGAGAACAACUUUCAGCGGCCGACGACGACAACCCGGUAACGACGCGAUUCCACUGUACGCGGUCCGGCUGCUGCGAUCACCAUGAAUGGUGCCGCUUCUGGGCCUCCGUCGGCGAAUGCAAAGUGAGCGCACUACUUUUUACGAAAAUCGUGGUGAGAUCUUCAGACGAACGCUGAGUGGAUGGUGGACAACUGCCAGCUCGCCUGCAACUCUUGCCCUAAAGGUAAAGAUUGCAAAAAAUGGCCAAAAAAAGCUAACUUCGUUUCCCAAGUUGCCAGAAGUAUGGAUAGAAGGAUGUGAUUGGAUUGGUCAUAUUUAUGAGAUGAAGCGCGCGCCAAACACAUCUUUCCUUUGUACUGAAGUUUUUAGAGUUGAAUCGAAAACUUAUCACGUUCAAGGCUGGAGGUUUGAUCUGGAAAAUAAAACGAGCAAUUUCCUUUCACCUCUUUUACGAGAACUAAACGGCUCAUUUCUUUUUUCCUAAAUAAGGAUCUUUGAAGUUUGAACCUGAACUACUUCUAAUUUGUUCAAAGAAAAGAGCAAAGUAAAGUUUUGCCGGUAAAACAAACUAUCCAGAAACGGUUGAUUUAUGAAAAAUAUAAGUUUUUGUGAUUUGAUAUUUUCGAAACCUUCGUUUAUAUCUUCAAAGAAAGUUUGAACAAAAUUUCCAGAGCAUUCCUAAAAAAAGAAAGUCAAAAAACUGACUGUCCUUGUUAUCUAAGGCUGUGUGGAGCCCUAUUUACUUCGCGAGUAAGACACCUGCUUUUUUAAAAAGUCAGCUCACUCUCCAUUUGGAAGUGUUAUUUUCAUUUUUGCUUCGAUUAGAGUUGAAGAAAAAGAGUUUUGGAUGAGUUCAGGGAAGGGAAGAACGACGCCAGCCAAGUUCGCAGGGCGUCCGGCGACCUCACGACCUCCUCGUGUCCGACGGCCGCCAUUGUCACGACCAACGCUAGUCAGUUUUCCUGUCGUUAAGACUUUAUUGCUCGAGGAAAUUUUGCAAAUAAAAAGAAAAUAGAAAUUUCACCAUUUUCUAUCUACUUUCUCAUCUCGUACUUUCUUUAGAGCAAGCGUUGAUAAAUUACAGCGGACAGGAGUUUUUCUUCUCAGUUCAAUUUUUUUAUUAGAUCAACAAGAUUGUUAAUUGCUAUGUUAUCAGGGCAACUUGGGGUUUUGUUUUGUUUACAAACACAGCUAAAAUGAAACGACCAGUUGUCAGAAGAACGUUGCCAAGGACAAAGACAACGUUUAAAGCGCGCUUUAUCACGGUCGAGUACUCUUAGACACUGCGUGAUUUACAUUUCCAAAACGCAUGUUGCCUGUAAUAAGUGCAAUUGUGUGUGAAUUCGAGAAUCGCAGAAAACGCUUCAACAUUGUUUUUUUUUAUUCCGACUGAGACUCGCGUCUCUUGCUUCGGAGAAAGUUAGAAAUCAGAACUUGUCUUGACUUGAUUUCCCUGUUUGAAGCAUGGCAAAACGAAGAAAAAAAUUCAGGCCCCUCGACCAGCGACACAAACGACGGCCAGCACAGCGCGUCCAAGGUUCUUUGCGAUUUCUGAUAAAUGUACACAAGAGUGCUGCUUUUUGUUUGAAAGUGUCGUAGUCCACGAAGUGCCGUCGUUGUGAUUGUAAUGCUCCGUUUGUUUAAGCGUCCGUACUACGCUGGCGCUGCGCACAAGAAGGCCCAAGUUUGGAACUCGGCGAAAUCCCGGAGGAUUUUCUCGUCGCUUCCCUGGUACCACCGGGGUCUUCUUCACAGCUAAGGCGAGCACGCCUAGCACCGCCACUUCCAGCACUUCUGCUCCGAGCACAACCACCCCCUCCACGACAACUUCGACAGUCCCCACGACUUCUAAGACUACCACGACGACUACAACUACCACCACCACCACCACCACUACCACGACUCCAAGCACUACGACGACCACGACGACGCCCACAACUACGACCACACCUUCCACGACUACAUCGACGACCACGACUCCAGAAACCUCGCCCUUCGUGCAACAGUUCAUUCCCUCGUUUUCCGACGAGUCUGAUUUGUUUGCCAACUCGUAAGUGUUCUCUGUGCUCCACCUUUGUUUUAUUUUCAUUUUUGGUUCUUUUUAUUUUACCCUUCGAAACUCGCAGUUAGAACAAUAUCGACAUCAGGGAUCGAAGGUUUUUCAUGUGCUUUCGGCAUGGUUUUUUUUCCUCGAAUUUUCAGUUUAGCCGUGAUAUUUUUUGAUUUAAACCUUCAGGAGUACAUAUGGAGACGUUGGAUAUUUCGCUUAAAAAAUUGUUUUCCAUUCUGUCAUUAAUUUUUUGUCUUAUAUCAAGAUUUUCUCUAAGUAACUUUUUUUUCGAGGUAUUUUCAGAUUCCGCGGUAUUUUUUUUAUCAGAGCAAGGUUCUGGGAAAGAGGAAAAAAUCUCUAAAAUAGAAAGAGUAUCCACUUAGCAUCGUAGGUCAUCUUCUAGGACUACCUACUAUGGUCAUUUGUUUCAGGCGGCUCUCCUGCUUUAUUUUUCAAUUUUUUUCUGAUAAAUUUAGGUAAAUGCAGUCUGAAUCUAUGACACACAAGCUGAAAAUGAACAAAAAUUAGAAAGAAAUUGAAAAAAGGCAAUUAUUUGGUGACACAGGCUCCAGAAAUCACAUGUAUCGUUAAAAGCCAAUAGUGAAUAAACAUACACAAAAAUGUUUUAUUCUUUCGAAAAUCCUUCGUCUCCAUAUGAACGAGAGUAAAACCACCUCCCGACCAAAUCUCUGUUGCUCACCCCGUUCCAGAAUCCCUGCUCGAAGGCCGCCGUCACCGCCGCCAGCACGAGUCGGUCGUCCACGCGUCAGUCUACCAGGCCGACCGGCGGCUCUUCGGUUCACAGUGAGACCCAACUUCCGACAGACGAUCCGACCAACCGCGCGGCUACUCACCUUCACUCCACCGACCAGCACCUUUACCACUCCCAGCACCACUACACCUACUACCACAACAACGUUCACGACGCCUUCGACCACUACGCACCGUUUCUUCUUCUCCGAUUUCACCGUGUUAGUUUCACCAAAAACUAAACUUUUUUUUUUCAUUUUAUUUUAUUUUGGAUUUUUUCAAAUUAACAUUUGCAUUUUUCAUUGUUACACUGCACUAUUUACUUCACAACUCGAUAAGGUGAAUAUCAACUAACGUCCAUACCCAAAAACUUGAAGGAGGCCAACAGUGACCACCACGAAGUCGACAUUCUUCGCUCCACGACCACAAAUCAACAGCCGCUGUCGGGAAAUCCUCGAUGAUCCGCUGAUUGCUGCGGAAGAAAUGUGGAGGGAGAGGCUGGUCGUUUCUUCCGAAGGUUCGUUCGAAGUCCGCCCACGAGAAUCCGCCAAUUGAUGAAAAUCAUAUUUUAUUUUCAAGAAUCGAAAGCAAGCAAAACAAGUAAUAUUUUUUAAUACUAUUUUGCAAAUUCUGGAACGAAAAAAUUUACUUCCAUUUGAAACGUAAGUUCGACCUGAGAUCUAACGCUCUAAAAAAAGUUUCCACUUUUUCGGUAGUUUAUUUUUUUUCUUUUCGAAAACCGGUAUGUUUGAAGAUGCAGAAGUCUUAUAUGAAUCAUAGGGGCAGUAAAAAAUGGGGUUUCAGGUAAAAGCAGUAUCUUAUAUAGUUUUUCUUUGUGAAUCGAAUGGUGUAAUCGAAAAAAUUAAAGAUGUGACAACUUUAGAAGAAAAACGCGAUUUUACUUUCCCGCCUUUAUUUUUGAAAAAAGCUUUGGAUCGGUGCUCAGACAACUGAUUACAGUAGCUGUGCACGCGAUGUUGCGGACGUCUCAUUAGACUCGCAUUUUGUGAGAAAUAACCGAAUAUCGGCUUCAAAUAAAAGGUUUCUACUCUGAAAAAUCGAUUAAGAAAACAAAAAACACACAUGGAUAAUAAAGGAAACACAGAAAAUCGCAAUCCCAAUCGAAACCUGUGCAAAAUCAUCAUUUUUCACCAGAAACGCAUUUUUGCGAUUAAAGUUGUAAACUAUACAUGAAUAGAAAGUUUUUGUGACGAAAAGAACUUUAAUGACAACAGAAAAAAAAAAUUGAAAUCUGAAAGAAACGAAGAAAAAAGCGAAUAUCCGGAAGAUGGCGAAGCCUGUUGUCCAUAGAGCAACUUUACUGCGAAGCGCCCUUUUUGCGGGAACUCAAACUUUCCUCUCUACGACUUUGAAUUAUUUUUUCUCCAAAAAUAGGAAGUUCGGUACGUUUUCAAGUUUACCGUUCGAUUCGCAAUGAAAAGCUCUACAAAGUACUGCUUUGAACUGAAACACCGUUUUUUACUGCCCCGCUUUCAGACAACACGAGACGCCGAACCGUCGACCUGGACCAAGUAAUCCGCUCGAACACCGCAAACGCCUGCGUGCCUCGUAACGACGAAACCGACUGCGAUACCAACCUCUGUUAUAACGUCCUUUACAGGUAAUCGGACUGACUUGGAGAUGAAUGAAAUGUCGACUUUAUCUUUUUAUAUCUGGUACUUCUCCACUCGGUUUCAGAACGAUGGACGGCACUUGCAACAAUAUGAGAGGCCAGCCACUGCGCGGAGCAUCUUACCGUCCUUAUACGCGUCUCUUGCCUACCGUGUACGACAACGAGCUCUCAGAGCCAGUUGGUGAGUGCGAACUCGAGAAUCUCCUUCAAAAUAGAACUUUUCAGGAUCUCUGUUCCCGAACCUUCGGCCGUCGCCGCGGGAAAUUACUCGCAAGCUGACAUCAUCGCGUGCUUCCGUCGAAUCACCCGACUACAACGCCCUCGUCAUGCAGUUUGGACAAUUCAUAUCCCAUGACAUGGCAAAGGCACUUUCAAGUUAAACACAAAAGACCCAACAAGAGAGAUUUCAGACCUCCUUGGUGCCUUCCUCGAAAUGCAACGUUUGCCAGAACAUCACCAGCCGAUGCAUGUCUGUGUCGCUGGAAGCAGAUGAACCCAACGAGAGCUUCCGGAAGACGUCGUGCAUCCGAGUCUCGCGCUCCUCGCCCAUCUGUGGAUCCGGUCGAACCAAGCCACGUCAACAGCUCAACGAGAACACAGGUAAAUUGAGGAAAAAAGCAAUCAAUCAAAUUUUUAUGUCUUGUAUCUUAUUAAUCUCUGAGGAAAUAUCUUCUAUGCUCUUCCAAGAACCACAUCUAGGUCGUAGUUGUUCAAGCGUAUGCAAGAAUGCAAUAUUAUUUCAGUUUCACAUUGUUUUUCUGAUAUUUGUUCCCCUAAUAGUGCCUUGACGAGCUCAAUGUUCGAAAAAAGAAGGUGCCGCACAAUUUUGAAGUCCUUCGACUCUUGAUGGAAAUUUCAGAAUGAAAAAAAAACAACUACAGCUUAAAAAUUUUGGUUUCUUUCAGGGUACAUCGACGCGUCGCCCAUCUACGGCUCUUCUGUACACGAUUCGAAGAAAUUCCGCGACGGCGAUUCUGGUUUUCUGAAGCUUCCCAUGUUCAACGGAAUGCAAGGUGCUUCAACCAUAGAAGAUCAUGAAAAAAAUUUGAUGGAAAACCUGUUUGUUUUUCUAGUAAGACUAAAACUGCCAUUGGCAAAGUUGAAGUACAAAGGUUGACAGUUGAAAUAUUUCCUGACAAUCUUCUCGUGGUUUGACUAGAAUUAUUUUCAUGUUGUCAAACUGUUGAAUCAGAAAAUAAAAAACCGUCAGUUCUAGUUCGACUUUAAGAACGACACUUUUCAUUUUCAAGACUCAGUAUUGAACUUAUUUCAAAAGUUUCAGUUUUGCCUUUUGACCAAACGAAGUGCCGGAACCGUCGCCAGUGCAACGUCAUUUUCACGGCUGGCGACAGUCGUGUGAACCUUUUCGUCGGCCUCAGCGCUUGGCACACCAUUUUCACGAAGGAGCAUAACAGGUACUGGAAGUGACGCCUCAGAUGAUGACGUCUUCAGGCUGGUCACCGCAUUCAAGCGCCUCAAUCCACAUUGGAACGGCGAGCGACUUUACCAGGAAGCGAGGAAAGUCGUUGGUGCUCAGGUCCAGGCGAUUGUUUACCGAGAAUGGCUGCCAAAAGUGCUCGGCGCCUCGUUCUCAAUGGUCGUCGGAGAUUACCGCGGCUAUGAUCCGGAGGUUCCUGCUUUUUUUUGGAAAAAAAAACUGUCAAUUGCAUCUCCUAUGUUGUAUGAAAUUUACAUGUUGGAUAACUGGAAUUUAGAUGUCGGGAAAUGUUUGCUCUGGGAAUUCUCGAUGUAGCUCAAAAACGACAGAAUAAAUAUCCGUUUCUCUGCAUCAAAUGCAUUUUCUGCAGAUUGAUUCGACUGUGGCCAACGAAUUCACAUCAGCGGCUUUCCGCUUCGGCCACGGCAUGAUCCAAGAGAUCUACCAAAGACUGGACACCUCUUUCCGCAACAUAUCUUUCGGAGCUCUCGAGUUCCAGAAAGGAACCCUCCAUUCAGACGUUCUCGUUAUGGAGGUUUCCAAGAUUCCAUUAGUUCUUCUAGUCGUAUUUCCAGGGCGGCGUUGAUCCCCUGAUCCGUGGAAUGUUCUCCCAAAACGUCAAGCGACCACAAAGAAUCACUACGACUGUUACUGAGAACAUGUUUGGCUCCACUGACUUGAGCACAAUCAAUAUCCAGGUUGGCUUUUCUAUAGACCAUAGUGAAAAAAAAAAAAUGCAUUUCCAGCGAGGACGCGACCACGGCCAUCCAGCUUAUGUAAAGUAUCGAGAACUGUGCGGAAUGGGAUCGGCGACCACUUUCGACCACGUGAGUCUACUCCAGUUUGGUCUAGAUCUUACUACUCGAGAAAAAAUCAACCUCGUUCAUGUAUUUACUUUAUAAAAGUACUACUGAAAAAUAACCUCUAAAUGAUCUUAUUAUAUUUUCUAGUUUGCAUUUUUCUAAAAAUAAAAAUAAUAACCCUAGAAUUCGUAGAACUUUUCAGUGACUCCAACUUAUUAAACUUUUUUAUUAGAAAUUAAUUAUUUUCAGCUGUCACGAGAGAUUCUGAACACUGGAACUAGGAACAAGUUGGAGCAGAUCUACGGCUCUGUGAGUCGAAUAGACCUGUGGGUGGGAGCCUUGCUCGAAGAUCCCAUCAUCCGAGGUCUCGUCGGCCCCACCGUCGCCUGCGUCAUCGGGCCUCAGUUCAAGCGGACACGCGAUGGCGACCGGUGAAGGCACCGGAUUAUUCUUGAAAACGUUCUUUUUCAGGUUUUAUUAUGAGAAUCCAGGAGUGUUCUCUCGAAGGCAACUUGUCGAAAUCAGGAAAAGUUCUCUCAGCCGAAUAAUUUGCGACAACACACACACGAUAACGGUGCGGAAGAGGGAAAAUGAGAUGAAACCAAGAGUUUGCAGACGAUCCCACGAGAAGCAUUCCGAGUAGGACACGUCGUUCCAUGCAGUCAAAUCCCUUCGAUGGAUCUGAGCAAAUGGAAAGAAGUCUAA